UUCCCAACUGCUAUAGUGCAUCAUAAUGGAGAACGACGCCCUUCCAACAUUAAACUCAGUGCCGCCGCCGCCGCCGAUGCCGGUGGUGGGAGUCGGAGUGUUUGUGUUGAAGGGUGACAGAGUGCUUUUAGGCCGCCGCCGCGUCUCCGUUGGUUACAAUACCUUCGCGCUUCCUGGUGGCCACCUCGAGUUUGGGGAAAGCUUUGAGGAAUGUGCAGCUAGGGAGGUGAAGGAGGAAACUGGACUGGACGUCAGGAAAACAGAGUAUUUAACUGUCACAAACAAUGUAUUCUCAGAAAGAGCUAAACUAGUGCAUCUUGUUUGCAUCUUCAUACGCGCAGUUCUAGUGGAUGACAACCAGCAACCUCAAAAUCUAGAGCCUGAGAAAUGUGACGGAUGGGAUUGGUAUGAUUGGAAUCACCUUCCCAAACCACUUUUUGAGCCGGUGGAGGUUCUGGUGCGAAGCGGUUUUAAUCCUUUUCCAGUAAAUUGAAAUGGUGAUCUUCUUGUGCCUACUUUGCUUCCUGAGCCCUUCUACCUUAUAGAAGAGACAAGAUUAAGGUUUCCCGUUGCGUAUUUUGCCAUCCAGAGUUGAUGGUAUCUGUAAUGAAUGUUUUGUCUGUCUUCAGGUCGUUGUCGAUUAUAUUAAUCUGCAUAGGUAUGUGACUGGACAAAUAGCUGUUAAUCUUGUGACUUGUACGUAAUCAUGCUUGCUAAUCAAGCAUUUGGCAGAUCCAAUCAUCAAAGUAUAUCUGUUCUAAAUUUA